GGCCUGCAGCUGAGCGCGCUGGCCCUGGCGCCGGCGGAGGUGCAGGUGCUGCGCGAGAGCGGCUCGGAGGCGGAGCGCGCGGCGGCACGGCGCCUGGAACCCGCGCGGCGCUGGGCCGGCUGCGCCCUGGGCGCGCUGCUGCUUCUGGCCAGCCUGGCGCAGGCGGCACUGGCGGUGCUGCUGUACGGGGCGGCCGGCCAGCGCGCCGUGCCGGCCGUGCUGGGCUGUGCGGGGCUAGUGUUCCUGGUGGGUGAGGUGCUCCCGGCCGCCGUGAGCGGACGCUGGGCGCUGGCGCUGGCGCCGCGCGCGCUGGGCCUCAGCCGCCUGGCGGUGCUGCUCACCUUGCCCGUGGCACUACCUGUCGGGCAGCUGCUGGAGUUGGCGGCGCGGCCGGGGCGUCUGCGGGAGCGCGUGCUGGAGCUGGCGCGCGGCGGCGGCGACCCCUACAGCGACCUCAGCAAGGGAGUGCUGCGCUACCGGACCGUGGAGGACGUGCUCACGCCGCUCGAAGACUGCUUUAUGCUGGACUCUGGCACUGUCCUAGACUUCAGCGUCCUCGCCAGCAUCAUGCAGAGCGGCCACACGCGCAUCCCAGUGUACGAGGAGGAGCGCUCCAACAUCGUGGACAUGCUGUACCUCAAAGACUUGGCCUUCGUGGACCCCGAGGACUGUACGCCGCUCAGCACCAUCACUCGCUUCUACAACCAUCCACUCCACUUCGUCUUCAACGACACCAAACUGGAUGCUGUCCUGGAGGAGUUCAAGCGAGGCAAGUCCCACCUGGCCAUUGUGCAGAAGGUGAACAAUGAGGGCGAGGGCGACCCCUUCUACGAGGUGCUGGGCCUAGUCACCCUGGAGGACGUCAUUGAGGAGAUCAUCAGGUCCGAGAUUCUGGAUGAGUCUGAAGACUACCCAGACACAAAGGUGAGGAAGAAGACUGUUGCCCUGGGCGCCCCUCUCAAGCGGAAGGAGGAAUUCUCCUUAUUCAAGGUGUCUGAUGAUGAAUAUAAAGUAAAAAUCUCGCCUCAGCUGCUCCUGGCCACCCAGCGCUUCCUUUCCCGAGAGGUGGAUGUCUUCAGCCCAUUGCGAGUCUCUGAGAAAGUCUUGCUGCACCUGCUGAAGCAUCCCAGUGUCAACCAGGAGGUGACGUUUGACGAGAACAACCGCUUGGCCGCACACCAUUAUCUGUACCAGCGCAGCCAGCCGGUAGACUACUUCAUCCUCAUCCUGCAGGGCAGGGUCGAGGUGGAAAUUGGGAAAGAGGGCCUGAAGUUUGAGAACGGGGCCUUCACAUACUAUGGAGUGUCUGCCCUGACAGCUCCAUCUUCAGCUCACCAGUCCCCAGUGUCUUCACGCCAGCUCAUCCGCCACGACCUGCAGCCUGAACUAGCCGACAGUACCCGCCCCUGCACAUACUGUCCUGACUACACUGUGAGGGCCCUCUCUGACCUGCAGCUUAUCAAGGUCACACGGCUGCAGUAUCUUAAUGCACUCCUGGCUACCAGAGCCCAAAGCUUGCCUCCAUCCCCAGAGAAUGCCGAGCUCCAGGCCAUCCCAGGCAGCCAGACCAGGCUCCUUGGUGACAAGUCCAGAGAGACAGCAGGGUCCACCAACAGCAGACCCAGCAUCCCAGUGGAGGAGAGCCCUGGGCGGAACCCAGGAGUAUAACUGCUUGCCAGACAGCCCCGAGCUGGGAAUGGACAAGCAUGUGGGGAGCUGGGAGAACCAAGCAGGAGCUUUAUGCCAGCCUGUCCCCUAUCCUGGCCACGUUUUAGAUGGCCCUUAUAAGCUGUGGGUCCUGGGCGUCCUCAGUGCCAGAGCCUCCAGCCCUCCUUGCUGUCCUUGAAGAGGUGGAUUGACAGAGCAGCCCUCCAGAAGCCUGUUUCCGAGGGGACAAAAGAAGCAGCAGCAUCUCUAGACCCCAGGGCCCAGCUUCCCCCGAUGCUGUAACAGCACUGUGUUUAUGUCUCCCUGAGCCCAGUGCCAUGUGGGUACAGCCACUGCCUUUACAUGGCCUUGGCCUGUGCUCAUUUUGCUUUUGAUUGGCCAACCCUCUGUUGCUGGCGCCACUUUCUGAGCAAACAAGAGUGGUGGGUUCUGAUGGGAAGUGUUCAAAUCCAUGGCCCUACCGAAUACUUUUUGGCUUCUUUUACAAUGCCAGAUUUUGAUUUACGUACCCCAGUUUUUCAUGUGCCAAAUCUAAGAGCACAGCUCCCCAAUAAGUCUGUGCCCUGGUUCUGCUCCCUCCUGUGGAGGAAGCUCCUCUGACUCACGUCAUGAGCAGGCUGGCCCAGGGUCAGCUUGCAUUUCUUUCCCGCUUGGGCACAGCACCACCAAUGAACGGUAUUAUGGGUUUCUGUUUGAGGUCAUGUGUGGAAGGCCAAAGAUUGGAGUUGACUGACCCAGGGCCAUGCCCACCUGUUGUUCCUGUCCUGUGCUUUUGCCUUGAGCAUCCAGGAAAGUGUGCAGCUGUAACGUAGAGCAGCAGUCAGUGAGGACCAGUUGUGAGCUUGCUACAUCCUUGUCGCUUGCUAAGAAGUCAAGGUUUUCACGUAUCUCUGAAAUACUCAAAUUCUGUGCGCUUUUCUGUUUCCAGUGAUGUUUUAGAGACACAGGGAUGGGAAGACACUGUCUUUCUCUUCUAAUUUACCUACACUUUCUUUCCACAGUUUCAGCUAUGGGGACCAUAGAUUGGCGUGGGGAGGGAGGAUUUCUGGAACCUUCCUUAAAAGAAUGUGGGCCCCUGUGAGACUUGGAGGCCAAGAGAACAGUGGAAUGCUUGCUGAAAAGAAACUGUAAUGGAAUAUGCUCUAAGAACAAACUUGGGUCGGAAACAAAUACUUUAAAAAUUACCUGUCUCCAAAACAGAAUUCUGAAUUUUGGCUGAACCUCAGAAUCAAAUUAGAACCUUGGCUACCUGUGCUCACCGUGAACCCCCAGAGCUGAGGUCUUGAAGUGGUUUUCACUUCCUCCUAGAAGAGUCCCCUGUUCCCUUUACCAGCUUCUCCUAAAGUUAACAUGUUAAAUAACCUUGUUACAUGUCUCAAAACUAAAAUGUUAACGUUGGAGUACUCUUUACUGUGGCCUUGAUUUAGAUUUUACUUUUUCUUUGAUUUUUGGUAAUUGGAUUCUGGGGUAAGAUGCCAGGAUGCACUUGGAGCCAUUGAUUCUUUUGACCUAAUGUUGUCUUCUAUAGUAAUUGCAGAUUCAUAGGAAGUGGCAAAGAUGCAGACAGAGCCCACGUACCCUUUAUCUGGCUUUUCCCCAUCUCACGAACUAUAGUGUGCAGGGCUGUGGAGCCCUGCUUCCCUGCCACCUCUAUAGACCUGAGUACCCGCUGUCCUGUCACUACCAGGAUUUCCCCUGGACUGUCCCUCAGAGCCACCUGCCCCGGCCCUAAGCCCGAGACCUAGACUAUUCCUCAACUCUGUCAUUUUGUCGUUUCAAAAAUGUCAUUUAAGGGGUCGUGCACUAUGUGGCCUUUGGGAUUGACUUCUUCAUUCAGCGUCGUGCUCUGGAAACUGUUCCAGGUCAGUGUGUCAGUGGCGUGUUCCUCCUCCUUGCCAAAUGGUGUCCCGUUGUGUAUUCAUUGUCCUGUCAGAGGACAUCUGGGUUGUUUCCAGUUUUUGGCCUUUUCAAAAUAAAGCUGCUAUGAACAUUCACAUACA